AUGGCCCGCGCCGCGACCCCCGCCGCCGCCCGCCUCCUCCGCGCCGCGCUGCUGCUCCUGGUCCUGGUGGCCGCCGGCCGGCGCGCAGCAGGGGCGCCUGUGGUCACCGAACUGCGCUGCCGGUGCCUGCAGACCUUGCAGGGGAUUCACCUCAAGAACAUCCAGAGCUUGAAGGUGACGCCCCCAGGACCCCACUGCGGCCAAACGGAAGUCGUAGCCACUCUCAAGACUGGUCAGGAAGUUUGUCUCAACCCUGAAGCUCCCAUGGUUAAAAAAAUCAUCAACAAGAUGCUAAACAAGUGA